UCUUUCGUCUGAUGCUACCACUAUACAUUUUUUAGGGAUAAGACGAGCCUGUAUUAGAAGGUGAAUAAAAAGUGACCUACUUAUUCUAUACCUUUAAACUUUAAAGCAUUGGAGGCUACAAAAAUAUGGCGACUUCGUGGGUAUUCAUUGAAAGUAUCUAAAGGAUUGUCAAAUUUAAGAUUAUUUUUUGUGAUUUAACAUGAGCGACGAAGAGGAUGCUCUUCUUGACGAAACGAAGGAUCAGGAUCAGAUCCGGUUGGAACUUUCACAGAUGAGUUUCGAAGACUUGCAGAAACUUAAAGAAAAAUUGGGCACGAAAGUUUACAAUGAAACAUUGUUCGGACCGAGAAAGGUUAAGAAGACCGAAUUUAAGCGGGAAAAUAAAAAUAGGCCACGAGAAAUAUCAGCGAAGAGACCCGUGUCUCGAUUUCGAGAAAUUAUACACGCGAAAAAAAACAUACCCAGAGACCCUAGAUUCGAUAGCCUUUGCGGCACGUUUAAGGAAAAAGAAUUUAAAAAAGCUUAUGGAUUCCUCAGUGAUGUGAAAGAGAACGAUGUAAAGAAACUGAAGAAGGAAUUGGAAGAGACUGAGGAUCCAAAAAUGAUAAAGAAAAUUAAAUAUCUUAUCCAGCGAUUAGAAAAUCAAAUAAGAGAAGAGAAGAAGAGAGAUAACAGGGAGGAGAAGAUCAGUCAAGAGAAGAAAGAAGUAGUGGAAGCUAUCAAGAGAGGAGAAAAGCCUGUUUUCAAGAAGAAAUCUGAGAAAAAGGUACUGAACUUGGUUUCGCAAUACGAGGAACUUAAAAACUCAGGGAAGUUGACGAAGCAUAUCCAAAGACUGCGGAAAAGGAAUCUACACAAGGACAGACAGAAAUUAGCGCCGUCGAUGAUGGAAUGAAAACGACAACGGGGUGUACGUGAAAUUAGAAUUUAUACGAAUCAAACAUGGCUGGAAUAAUUACAGGUGUAUAUAAGCGUAAUAAAUACU